AUGACCGACCCUCUCGCCAUCCUGCCUCCGGAGAUUGUCUUGCGUGUCUUGGAAUUCUCCCCAAUCUCGGCCCUCGCAUCCCUGACAGCAACAUCCAAGGCCUGGCACAGAUUUAUCGACGUCACCCAUCGCGAAGCUAUUUAUGCCUCCGAAUCCAAAACCGACCAACCGUCCGGAGGCGGCGCUCGUGAUUUCGCGUUCCUAUCAGAUAGCACCAGCUUCUCGAACCUGUUCGAAGAUACGGCGUCAUGGAAGGAUCUGUGCAAGCGACAGACACUGCUCGCCCGUAGUUGGGCGGAAUCACAUCCAAUCAGUCGGGAAUCAGUGUUACAAGUCGGCAAUGACCCCGUCUGGCGAUUCCGUGCCGACUUCAAGCGUCGGUUUUUCGUUUCCACGUCUCACGCUGGUGGAUUGUACGUCACUGACAUGGACACGGGUCGGAUUCUGUGGCGACUCCCCUCCACGAUAGAUCAUGACGAGAAUGCGGUUCGUCCAUACGCACACCUGGAAUAUCAGGAUGGGAUGGCCGUCUUUGAUCGCGAAGGCGAUGCGCUUGAGGUCUGGCAGGCGGGUCUGGAAGGUACAGAGCGUGGGGAGUUCCGGCGCAUCGCCGUGUUGAAUCACGAUUGCCAGACAAGAGGCUUUCAGUUGUCUUACUGGACACUUUGUGUGGUGUCUAAUAAAGGGCAGGGUUUUGUAUAUGACAUGACACAACGACCCCCCAAGCUGACCACGCAUCUUCGGAUUGAGCCGGACGCCGUUGGUCAUCUUGACCAGAGCGAGGACGCUGUGAUUUAUUCUAUGGGAUCGAGAGGCUACCAUGUCCACGACAAGGCAUCAGGCGAGUUCUUAGGCUCGUUACAGCCGUCGCAUUGUACGGACAAAUACCAUAUUCGCCCGCCAGUUGUCACUUCUCGUUCAGCAACCGCGGCGUUGGCGGGAGCUAUGCGACUCGGCCCCACCCAUCGAUUAUAUCCUCUUGGCCCACCUCGCAAAGACACUCUGGUACCGAUCGACAUUGCCAAAGGCCCUCUCCAACCGCCGAGCGAUCCUGAACAUGUCUGGCAUGGCGAGGAUGAAUGGGGAGCUGGGAUGCUGCACGGAGACCUUUUUGCUGGCUUUUCCCGUGCCGGUCGUGUUUUCGUGUGCUCCGACUGGCGUAAGGCCCUUCACAGCCAUACCACACUCGCAGCGCACAGUUCCCUCCUCGAAUGCGAGUCAGACGGGACGAGCUUUGAUCUAGGCGGGUGGUUGUCAGUGCGCAACCACCGCCUGAUGUUCGAGAUCCAAGACCGGAUUUAUGUCGUUGCGCUCGAUGAUCACAACAGGGUUCAAGAUCUCCAUCGUCCCGCCCGCGGUUCGUAUUCGCUGCUCACUAGCUCCGCGCCGCAGCUUGCUGUGCCGGUCAGUUUCAUGGCACUGUAUGAUGAUGCGAUUAUGACUACUUACACUACCCUCGGCUGGCGCCAAUCCCUUCCGGGCCUCCCGGGUGACUUGCAUCCUGGACAACAGGACGGCCACGCCCGUAUCUUCCCUACCAAAGCCAUUCGCAUCGUUAGCCUAGCCCCAGACCUUUCCAACAGCAAGUUUGCCCCAGCAGCCAAUGUUGGCGAAUCCCAAGAUCCAACCACCGGAGACGAAGGCCUGUCGGAGCCGAACGAAGCUCAUCUACUGGCAGAUGAGGCUUGGGACUCGACUCCCGGGGUAACACAGUUGGUUCAUCUGCUCGCGAAUGAACUUGAUGAAGAUGACGAUGGGCUGGAGGUUAUGGUAACGGACCCCCGCGACGGCGAUAUUGAUGAGGGGUGGGAGGAUGAAGACGAGGAGGAAGAUGAGGAACAUGGGCAUGAGCAUAUUGGUGCACAUGCCCAUGGGAGCGCCUAG